AUGUUUUCAUCACAGGUGUGGAAGAAUCCUUACUUGAGCUGGAAUGAAACCAAAUAUGACGGUCUACAUACACUGCACAUAUCACCUAAUGAGCUAUGGGUUCCGGAUGUUGUGCUUUAUAACAAGUAAGAACCACAUACGUCUCCCUCAUCAUUAGACCGCCAGCGGUCGCCCUUCUUUCCUCAGCCACGCACGGAGAACGAGAAAGUAAAAUUAUGCAAAUUAAUGGUGAAAAUGAGGGGAGAGGAGAGGUUGGGCUUCGGUCGAUUUUCCACCCAACUCGUUCCUUGCGGCUUCGCAGCCAGCGACUCGUGUUGCUCUUGAUCCAAAGAAAAAGAAGAGACUGUUCACAGUCUACUUCAUCAUCGUUUCUCUGAUUCUCCCAACAUCUUCUCCUUUUCUUACUUUCCUCAGCGCAGACGAGGACGUGACUCUUGCAGGCUUCAAAGAGAAGUUCAAAACCUACGUGAUCGUGGACAGCAGUGGCGUGAAUAUGUGGAUGUCUCCGGCUUCUUUCAAAAGCUCCUGUGAUAUGGUGAUCAGAUUCUACCCCUUUGAUAGACAAACCUGUCAUCUGACUUUUGGUUCGUUGACAUUUGACAACAGGUUGCUAAAAAUGAUGAACAAGGACGACAGUCAUUCAACAUCAGGUUUGACUGAAAAGAAACUUGUGUUGAUUUUGAUGUACAGAUAGAUGUUAGUGUACUAGCUUACUGUGCCCAGUUGUUCGAAAGGUAAAUAACGCUAUCGACUGGAUAACGCAAUUGAUUUCCUAAUACUUAUCCGCUGGAUAGCGAUUUAUCCAGUGAUAGCGCUGUCAAAGGUUUGAACAACCGGCGCCAGAUAUGUCAAUGUACUAGAUACUACUUACUAACUGUAGAACGUUUAUCAGAUAAACAGAGAGUUUAAUUGUAAAACCGUCAUUUAAGGUCCAUUUUAGGAAAUCUAAUGUGAGCAUUCCCAUCCCGUAUAACCCUCUUCCACACAUAAAAAAAGCAUGCUGUUAACAAGAAAAGGGGUUGCUUAUUAGUAGCCUGGACCAAGUUCCAAGCAGUGGUUGGUGGGAAAUAAGGGUAGGAAAUCGGUGAACGAGGUUAGCUGGGCGAGGGGUUGCGGCAGGUGUCUAACUUCCCCAAUUUUACUCUUCCAUUUUUUCCCUCGCUGUCUCGCGAUUUUUAGCCACCUCCUCCCAAACAAAGAGUCGUUCACAGGCUAUUUAUGUCACUUUUUUCUUUUUAGACAAGUUCGUUGAGAGCGGAGAUUGGAAGUUGGUACACUCAUCAAUCAAAACCGUCGACAAGACGUACGAAUGCUGCAAACACCCCUACUCCGUCGUAACUUACACUCUCCACUUUGAACGGAAGUCACUUUAUCAUGUACUUUAUCAAAUACUGCCAUGUGUUGUUAUGGUUAUGCUGGUCGUUCUUAACUUCAUUAUUCCGCCUGACAGUGGAGAAAGAAUUAGCUUUUGCAUCACCAUUUUACUUUCUAUGAGCGUUUACCUGCUUAUCUUGGCCAACUCUCUGCCUGAAACUUCCGACGAUGUUGCGAUGUUAGGUGUGUAUUAUAUGGUGACCAUAGUCCUAGUCGCCUUCAGCCUCGUCGGCACUGUUGUAGUGUUAAGAUGCCACUUUGCUGAAAGUAAACCCCCUAAAUGUCUCGUGAAGUUCGCCAAGAACGUCCUUAGACGCAAAGGGAAGAAACCGACUGGUAAGACUAUGUACUUGGAGGUUACCGAUAAGCCAGUGAUGCCACAGGUAGAAGGAAAACAUGCUCUGGAAAUCAAGAAACCCUGUGACAACUCAUUGAGGGAUUCCGCGCUGGAACUUCAGGCCCAAGACGUAGAGGAAAAGAAAGAACAAAACGAUUGGAAGAACUCAUGGAAAGAGAUCGCGGAGGCAACGGAUAGAAUCCUGCUGAUUAUUUUUGUCUUCACGACGGUUGCUGCUACAGUGACCAUCUGGGUUCAACGACCGUGA